AUGUUAAUAAUAUCAAUUGAAAUUAUAAUAAUGUGCUAUCAAAUUUGUCUGGAAACAUUUAUUUUGUUUCUAUUCAUAACAUCAUUUGUAACAGCUAUUGAAGAAGCGACUUCGUCUACUAAACUGACUUCUGGUGAUACUAAGGAAACAAAUUCAAUUGAUUCAAGUUUUACUUCUAAUACUGAAAAUUCUUUAAUGCAUGAAACCACUAUGACAAAUGAUGUUAUUCGUAUUACAACGAUUAAAACUGAUACCAAUACAACAAUAAGUCGAAUAACGACAACAACAAAGAAUUCAGCAACUAAACAUUCUAUACUGAAUGUAUUUGUCUUCAUGAUCAUCGUGCAAAUCAUCAUAUAA